CGGCCCCGGCCGUGACAUUUCCUUCGCUCGCAGCCCGGACCCCGAGAAUGGCAGCGCUGGGAGAACUAAGUAAGUUUUCACAAACACUGAAUGGAAUUCCUUCUUCAAACACAGUCAGCAGUGGAAUGGAUCCCUUUCAUGCUUGCAGUAUUCUCCAACAACUUAAAACAAUGUACGAUGAAGGACAGCUGACAGAUAUUGUAGUGGAAGUUGAUCAUGGGAAGACAUUUUCCUGUCAUAGGAAUGUUCUUGCUGCAAUCAGUCCUUAUUUCAGAUCUAUGUUCACUAGCGGCCUUACAGAAAGUACCCAGAAAGAAGUUCGUAUAGUUGGUGUUGAAGCAGAGUCAAUGCAUUUAGUAUUGAACUAUGCAUAUACCUCCAGAGUAAUGCUGACAGAGGCCAAUGUCCAAGCUUUGUUCACUGCAGCUAGUAUCUUCCAGAUCCCUUCCAUACAGGACCAGUGUGCUAAAUAUAUGAUCAGUCAUUUGGACCCACAAAACUCUAUUGGGGUGUUUAUCUUUGCUGAUCACUAUGGUCAUCAGGAACUCAAAGACAGAUCACAAGACUACAUUCGUAAAAAGUUUCUGAGUGUCACCAAAGAGCAAGAGUUUCUCCAGUUGAGAAAAGACCAACUCAUAAGUAUACUGGACAGUGAUGACUUAAAUGUAGACAAAGAAGAGCAUGUUUACGACAGCGUUAUAAGGUGGUUUGAACAUGAACAAAAUAAAAGAGAAGUGCACCUUCCAGAAAUAUUUGCCAAAUGCAUCCGAAUGCCUCUGUUGGAAGAAACAUUUUUAGAGAGAAUCCCUCCCAUGUUUGCACAGGCUAUAGCCAAAAGCUGUGUACAAAAGGGACAACCUAGUGCCAAUGGGUAUACACAACGGCUUGGAAUGACUGCUUCUGAAAUGAUCAUAUGCUUUGAUGCUGCCCACAAACACUCAGGAAAGAAGCAAACAGUGCCUUGUUUUGAUUCAGUCACAGGGAGAGUGUUUAAACUAUGCAAACCACCAAAUGAUUUGAGGGAAGUUGGAAUUCUUGUAUCACCUGAUAAUGAUAUUUACAUUGCAGGAGGCUACAGGCCAAGCAGCAGUGAGGUCUCCAUAGACCACAGAGCAGAGAGUGACUUUUGGAUGUAUGAUCACUCUGGCAAUAGAUGGCUACCUAAGGCUCCUUUGCUACGUGCCAGAAUAGGCUGCAAACUGGUUCACUGCUGUGGUAAACUGUAUGCAAUAGGUGGUCGUGUUUAUGAAGGAGAUGGCCGAAAUUCACUAAAAUCUGUGGAGUGUUACGACAGCAGAGAGAACUGUUGGACAGCUGUCUGUCCAAUGCCUGUAGCAAUGGAAUUUCAUAGUGCUGUGGAAUAUAAAGAGAACAUCUAUGUUUUACAGGGAGAAUUUUUCCUCUGCUAUGAUCCACAGAAAGAUUACUGGGGUUUUUUAACCCCAAUGACUGUGCCUAGAAUCCAAGGCUUGGCAGCUGUAUACAAUGACUCCAUCUACUACAUCGCUGGAACCUGUGGAAAUCAUCAGCGUAUGUUUACCGUAGAGGCCUAUGACAUCGAGCUAAAUAAGUGGACUAGAAAAAAGGACUUCCCAUGCGAUCAGUCCAUUAAUCCCUAUAUUAAACUGGUACUCUUCAAAAACAAACUCCAUUUGUUUGUCAGAGCCACUCAAGUCACUGUUGAAGAACAUGUUUUCAGAACCAGCAGGAAGAAUUCACUGUAUCAGUAUGAUGAGGUUACUGACCAGUGGCAAAAAGUGUAUGAGACUCCAGAUAGGCUUUGGGAUUUAGGCCGGCAUUUUGAAUGUGCUGUAGCUAAGUUGUAUCCGCAGUGUCUUCAGAAAGUUAUUUAA